UUACAUAUUCAUUUGCACACGAUUCUGAUAUUUUUUUAAAAGCAUCAUCGUAAGUACUUCGUUAAAUAAAUUUUUUCAAUUAUUAAAACAUUUAUGAAAAAUUCGUACGCUUCGGGCAAAGUAAAAUAAAAAUCUCAUUUAUUAUUCUUUUAUUGUAAGUUUUUAUUAAACUUUCAAUUAAAAAUAACGUAAAUUCAAAAGUUCCACGGUUAUGUACUAUCAAUUUAAUAAAUCUUUCCAAAACUUUUGUGCGCAACCUCUGUACGAAUCCAGUGGUUCUCAUUGAAUUUUCUAACGACAUCUUUAACGCUUCUAUCGAAUAUAAAAAAUAUUAUUAUCGAAAUAUACGGAUAUUUAAUUAUAUUUGAGAGAUUGAUGUAAAUCGUUUUGAAAGUAUUUUAUUAUUCUCUUUAUUAGAUAAUAUUUAGAUUAUAGUAUAUAUAGGUCAAGGCGAGUAUAUAAUAAGUAUAUUUAGAUCGAAAUAACGAUUUCAUUCACAUUUGAGAUUACUUUUUGUCUCAUCAUUAUAGCGGAAUAUUAUCGUUAUUAUUUCACAUCGUCGUUACUACGUCGAUAUUACGUAACUGGCUGUUCCUAACAAUCAAAAAAAUCUGAGCGAACAACUGAUGAACGGUCUUUCCGUCAAACGUAUAUAUACUUAUCUACAUAGACGCUUUCUAACAGCGUAGUUAGCGUCAUUCAGUGUUUCUCUUUCGAAGGCAAGUUCUAUCGAUAAAAUUUUUGAGGUCACGUUUUUCUCUACGCCAUUGAACGAACGAAGUGAACUCUUGACGAUUAAGUAGUAGGUGGUGCUAGAACGGUGAACAUGGAUAAAGAAAGUUUUGAAUUUUCCAUCGAUCGUGGCGGCACCUUCACUGACGUCUACGCGAGAUGUCCUAGCGGGAAAAUUAGAGUUAUGAAAUUAUUAUCCGUUGAUCCUGCUAAUUACGAGGACGCACCUCGCGAAGGAAUUCGUAGGAUACUCGAACAGGAAACUGGAGUGAAAAUGAAUGGUGAAGUGGAUACUUCUAAGAUAGCUUGGAUUCGAAUGGGAACGACGGUAGCUACGAACGCGUUAUUAGAACGCAAAGGUGCUAAAAUGGCCUUAUUGAUAAAUGAAGGUUUCAAGGAUCUUCUUUUUAUUGGCAAUCAAGCGAGACCAAACAUUUUUGAUUUAGAAAUAGUGACACCAGAAGUUUUGUAUGAGAGAGUAGUUGAAGUAAGGUGCAGAGUGAUACCAGCAUUGCCAGGAAGAUGUCAACUCGUUAAAGAUUCUUGGAGAAAAGUGAAAGGUUCUACAGGAGAAGAUUUAUAUGUAACGCAAGAAUUAAACGAAGAGAAAUUAAAAGAAGACUUGUUGGAAUUGAAACAAUUAGGAAUCGAAAGCAUCGCUGUAGUUUUGGCGCACAGUUACACAUAUGCUGAGCAUGAAAUCAGAGUUGGGGAAUUGGCUAAAGAAAUUGGAUUUUCUCAAAUAUCUCUUUCUCACCAAGUGAUGCCAAUGACUAGGAUCGUUUCACGAGGAUUUACGACUUGUGCUGAUGCUUAUUUGACACCGCACAUCAAACAAUAUCUGCAGGGAUUUUCCUCGAGAUUUAAAGACAAUUUGAAAGGUGUUAACGUUUUAUUCAUGCAAAGCGAUGGUGGAUUAACUCCUAUGAAUUCAUUUAACGGAUCACGAGCCAUAUUGUCUGGUCCAGCUGGCGGUGUCGUUGGAUAUGCCAUGACAACUUAUGGUAAAGAAACUGAUUUACCUGUAAUCGGCUUCGAUAUGGGAGGAACUUCAACUGAUGUCAGUCGUUAUGGUGGAAGUUAUGAACACGUUUACGAAAGCACCACGGCUGGUGUAACGAUACAAGCGGCUCAGUUGGACGUGAAUACUGUUGCGGCUGGAGGCGGAUCGAUGCUUUUCUUCAGGUCAGGUCUUUUCGAAGUAGGACCUGAAAGUGCUGGAGCCCAUCCAGGACCUGCUUGUUAUAAGAAAAACGGUCCGUUGGCAGUAACUGAUGCAAAUUUAGCCUUGGGUCGGCUACUUCCUGAAUAUUUCCCACAGAUUUUUGGUCCUAACGAGAACGAACCCUUGGAUAAAUUUCGGACGAUGGAAGCUUUUGAGAAACUAACAAAUGAGAUCAAUGAGUUUUUGAUAAAUGAAGGUUUAAGAUCAGAAUUCGAUAAAAUGACGAUCGAAGAAGUUGCAAUGGGAUUUAUAAAAGUAGCUAAUGAAACUAUGUGUCGACCAAUUCGUGCUCUAACACAGGUAUUAUUUUUUAAGGCUAAGGGCUAUGAUACAUCACGUCACGUUUUAGCGUGUUUUGGUGGUGCUGGUGGUCAACAUGCAUGUGCUAUUGCUCGUUCACUCGGUAUGAGCACCGUUUUUGUUCACAAGUAUGCUGGAAUUUUGUCCGCAUAUGGUAUGGCUUUGGCAGAUGUUGUGGAAGAAGCACAGGAACCCAGUGCUGAGAUAUAUGAAAAAAAUUCUUUUCAACGAUUGGAUGAACGUUUAGAUAUUCUCGCAGCAAGAGCAAGAAAGAAAUUGGCUCAACAAGGUUUCGAUCAUUUUCAGAUACACGUAGAAUCAUUUUUACAUUUACGUUACGAAGGUACCGAUUGUGCUCUAAUGUGUUCACCAAAACUUGAUUCUGAAAAUUCUUUGGAUUCACCAAAACACGGCGAUUUUCUUACAACAUUCUUAGAACGAUAUCAAACAGAAUUUGGGUUCACUAUGCCUAAUCGAAAGAUUUUGAUAAAUGAUAUCAGAGUUCGUGGAACAGGAAGAACAACGAUAAUCGAGGAUAAAAUUCUACCUUCAUUCUCUAAACCUGCAAAACCAGAAAAAUUGUCUAUGGUGUACUUCGAAGGAGGAUAUCAAGACACUAAAAUUUUCCAAUUGAGUUCUCUUUUACCAGGACACGUUAUAGAAGGUCCUGCGAUUAUUAUGGACAGUUUAAGUACUCUGUUAAUAGAACCAGAUUGUACAGGAUUUAUUACUUCCAAAGGAGAUAUUAAAAUUACUAUUGGCAAAGGAAUUCGUACAAAAGUUACAACCGAUUUGGACACCAUUCAACUUAGUAUUUUUUCUCAUCGUUUCAUGAGUAUCGCCGAACAAAUGGGAAGAAUUUUACAAAGAACGUCUAUCUCGACGAACAUCAAAGAAAGAUUAGACUUUUCUUGCGCUGUGUUUGGUCCAGAUGGUGGUCUUGUUUCGAACGCUCCACAUAUACCAGUUCACUUGGGUGCUAUGCAAGAAACAGUUCAGUAUCAAAUGAAAGCUUUUAAAGGCAAAUUUACACGAGGUGAUGUGAUACUUUCUAAUCAUCCUUCGGCUGGUGGUUCUCAUCUUCCAGAUCUCACUGUAAUAACACCUGUAUUUUAUAGAGAUAUGGAACAACCGGUAUUCUUUGUAGCCAGUCGGGGUCAUCAUGCUGAUAUAGGUGGAAUAACACCUGGUUCGAUGCCACCACAUUCGACCAUGUUGAUUCAAGAAGGUGCAACGUUUAAGAGCUUUUUACUCGUUCACAAAGGUGUUUUUCGGGAGAAAGAAUUAACCGAGGCUUUGAUGGAACCUGGUAAGAUUCCAGGAAAUUCAGGCACCAGAAAUCUUUCUGAUAAUUUGAGCGAUCUCAAAGCACAAAUAGCUGCUAACCACAGAGGAACACAAUUAGUGAAUGAACUGAUCGAUAUUUAUGGCCUUGACGUUGUUCAAGCGUACAUGGGUCACAUUCAACAAAACGCCGAACUUGCUGUUAGAGAUAUGCUGAAGUUGGUCGGUAAUAAAGUACUUCGGGAUAGUGGGAGUAGCAGCGUCACUGCCGUCGAUUAUCUCGACGAUGGUAGCCGGAUUAAGUUGCGAUUAGACUUUGACGUUGAGAAGGGUGAAGCAGUUUGUGAUUUCACUGGCACUGGAUACGAAGUUUGGGGUAAUUGCAAUGCACCGCGUGCUGUAACACUUUCAGCACUUAUUUAUUGUCUCAGAUCUAUCGUUGGACGUGACGUACCGUUGAAUCAAGGAUGUUUGAAACCUGUCAGAGUUAUUAUUCCCAAGGGUUCUCUUCUGGAUCCCUCUGAGGAAGCUGCUGUGGUCGGUGGUAAUGUUUUGACCUCUCAACGAGUCGUUGAUGUUGUUCUGCAAGCUUUCGGAGCUUGUGCAGCUUCUCAAGGAUGUAUGAACAAUAUAACACUUGGUACAGUCGAAUGGGGUUAUUACGAAACUGUUGCUGGUGGUAGUGGAGCUGGUCCAACAUGGGAUGGUAGAGGUGGCGUUCACACACACAUGACCAACACACGAAUUACUGAUCCAGAAAUAUUAGAACUACGUUAUCCGGUGAUACUAAACAAAUUUUCUCUUCGUCCUGGAACUGGUGGUGAGGGUGCACAUCGUGGUGGUGAUGGUGUCAUACGGGAAAUGACUUUCAGAGCGCCAAUGACGUUAUCUGUAUUAACUGAAAGACGAGUCCAUUGUCCUCCAGGCUUAGCGGGUGGUUCACCGGGUGCUCGUGGCAAAAAUACUCUCAGAAAGAUGGAUGGCAGAAUGAUCAGUUUAGGUCCGAAAACUGCGGUGCCUGUUCACGCUGGGGAUAGCUUCAUCUUAGAAACACCUGGUGGAGGUGGUUAUGGUUCCCAUGAUACAAAGCAGCCAUUUUUUACGAGGGCAGCAUCUCGAACGUUCCUGGAACGUGGAAGCGUUUUCGAGUAUAGAAAAGCUCAGGAAUCUGUAUAACGCAAAGUUAAGUCCUAGAAAAUCGAUUUAAUCUAUUCGUUACAUCACUGGUUCCGAGUUACUCAUCGUUUAACGCUUCUUCGUAUCAAAUGUGCGUGUAUGUAUCUAUGAAAGUUUAUAUAGCUAGCUAAGAGAAUUUAGUAAUAGUUACUUACGAAGUAUGCACCUGGAAGGAAGAGGAAAGUGGGAGAGAGGGAUUAUCGGUAGUUUGAUACACUUGAAAGGAUAUCUCAACGUAUACGACAGGUUUAGGAAGUUUAGUUUAACUUUGAUAGGAAGAAUGUGUCGUUCUGGAUAGAUAAUAAAUUUCAAAGAAAAUUA